AUGAAGCUUGCUCCGCAGGCAUUUCUUCUAGGGAUCUUCAUCUUCUGCUCACUGACUACCCCAUUAUUGGGCGGUAUGAAAGCAAUUCUUGAGAGCAUAUGUGGAGAACUCAAAGAUCCCUGCAGAUUGGAUGUGGAAUAUGGAAGCUGUUAUGAGGCGCAUUUUAGAUAUUUCUACAACAGAACUUCCAAAAGAUGUGAAUUUUUUUUGUACUCUGGCUGUGAUGGCAACCUUAACAACUUCCAGCUUAAAAUAGAAUGUGAUGUAGCCUGUGUUGAAGAAUACAAAAAAAAGUAA